AACCAGAUGCAAAUUAGCCCCUGGAGCUCGGGAGCUGUUAGGAAGGCAGAGGAAGGAACGUGGGCACCUUCCCAUUGGCUGGGGGGACUCACCCAGAUGUCUGACUUCCACAUAAAAGACAGGAACCACUGCAGUCAGUUCCCACUUCCAGUUAAAGGACGACAGCAAAAACAGCAAAAAAAGGAAGAUGGCCAGACUAUUAUUACUUUCCCUCCCAGGUCUUGUAGCCAUAUGUGCCGUGCACGGAAUAUUUAUGGACAGACUUGCUUCCAAGAAGCUCUGUGCAGAUGACGAGUGCGUGUAUACUAUUUCUCUGGCCAGAGCUCAAGAAGAUUACAAUGCCCCAGACUGUAGGUUUAUUAAUGUUAAAAAAGGACAGCAGAUUUAUGUUUACUCAAAGCUGGUACAAGAAAACGGAGCUGGAGAAUUUUGGGCUGGCAGUGUCUACGGAGAUGACCAUGAGGACGAGAUGGGCACCCUGGGCUAUUUCCCCAGCAGCUUGGUCGAGGAGCAACACUUGUACCAAGAAGCCACCAGAGAAGUCCCCACCAUGGAUAUUGACUUCUUCUGUGAGUAAGAAAUUAGACAAACCUGCAAGGAAAAAGGAAACACCAAAAACUAGGAAAAGCGAAAUAAGAAAAAAAUACGUGUCCCUAAUUCCUGACUUUUGUUUCAAGGCUUUGUUAUCCUUACAGGAGGACUGGGCCUUGGCGGCCAGAGGUGGCGCAUGAAGGAGGGGGUUCCAUUCAGUUUUCUGCUGGCCUGGUCUUCCCACCACCUGGGGCAGGGCGACGUUUGGUUCAAGAGGGAGAAUUGAAAGCAGAAAUUCUAUUUUAGCCUAGAGAACCCUCUCUUAUGCAAGAAUGUAUACAGAGGAUGGCUCAUUUUUAUUAUUUCUAAAUUGUAAUUCUUACCAGCUCUUUGGCUUCUUAUAUAAACUUGGUGGGUCACAGAUCUUCUCUUUGGACAUGCUGUUUUCUAAUUAUUUGUCUCACUGGCCAUUUGGAGUGUUAUAUGUACCCAAAGGGGCUAUAUCCCCAAGGAGUAUUCGAGGAUUGUUGUUACUUUUAAUAUUGGAUGUGUUUGGGAUGUGAAGUUGGUGGGAGCGGAUGAGCUGUUUGGGCUCAGAGGUAUUUGGACUAUGCCUCUUUCUCUUAAAAAAAAUCACGAAUUAUUUCAAUGGAAUUUUAUCUUCUAGUGAUCAAUUUACUGCUUCCCAAAUUUUAAGUGUGUGUGUAUGUAAUAAGGGUGGAGCAGCUUAUGAAAUAUUUGUAAUGGGAUAGUUUCCCCAUCAUAUGUGCUGUCACUGCAAACAUUUGAGCUUCAAGUCAAAAGACAGGGGGAAAAAUUCUGUGGGUUAUUUCUCGACUUCUUUUUCAACUUUGAAUUUCCUCUUCCUGUGCAAAGUCCCCCAGUCAAGGAUGAUGUGUGAAGAAAUCUGGUGAGGGCAUUGGUGGUCCCAAAGGAUAAUACAAGUGUCUCUACAUUUGAUUGGAAAUUUGCUUUGAUUGUGUAUUCCUACUAUAAUUCUUUUUAUGUAGUCAUGAGUCUUUUUUACAUGUAAUUAAAAUGCCUGUACUCA